AUGGCGACCGACGCUGCGGUAGCCAAGGAGGGCCUGGUCAUUCCUCUCAUAGACUUUUCCAAGUUCCUCACCGGAACCCCUGAUGAGCAAAAAACUGCUGCCGAGGCUAUCCUCCAUGGCUUCCAAACCGCAGGCUUCAUAUACCUCAAGAACCACCCAAUCCCAGUCGAUGUCCUCAGUCGGACUUUCGCCCGCUCCGCCGAUUUCUUCGCUCUCGACACUGACGCCAAGAUGAAGCUGGGCUGGACCACGCCUGAAGCUAACCGCGGCUACUCCUCGCCAGGUCGUGAAAAGGUCACCCAGCUGGAAGACAUCGCCGAGGUUGAGAAGGUCCGAAGCGCGGCUCCAGAUUUGAAGGAGAGUUUGGAAAUUGGCCGUGAUACCGACCCAAAACACCCUAACCAGUGGCCGGCUGAGGAUGGCAAACUGAAGGGUUUCAGAACAGACAUGAACGACUUCUUUAGCCAGUGUCAAAAAUUACACGUGGAGGUUAUGAGGGCCAUCGCCUUGGGAAUGGACCUACAAGAAGAUUUCUUUGAUCGGUUUGUGCAUGUUGGGGAUAAUACGCUGCGGCUGUUGCAUUAUCCCUCUGUAAAGGCAGAUGUGUUUAGGGUCAAUCCUGGGCAGGUGAGGGCCGGUGAGCACAGUGACUACGGCUCCAUCACCCUGCUCUUCCAAGAUAGCCGCGGCGGCCUACAGGUCAAAAGCCCAACCGGCUACUUUGUCGACGCCACUCCCAUCCCAGGAACCAUUGUUGUCAAUGCAGGAGAUCUACUAGCUCGCUGGAGCAAUGACACUAUCAAGAGUACUAUCCACCGAGUUGUCGAGCCACCCCGGAAGGAAGACAGUUCCUACCCUCCCCGAUAUAGUAUCGCGUACUUUUGCAACCCUAAUACGGAAAGCUUUAUUCAGACCUUGCCAGGGACGUAUGCUACGGAGAAGGAUAAGAAAUAUAAGGGUGUGAAUAGUGGCGAUUAUUUGGUGCAGAGACUGACAGCCACGUACUGA